GCCUGCACCUCUCCUGCUGUGUGCUCCUGUCAGAGCUGCCGCUGACCACUGCAGAGUCGUGCAGCCUGGAUCUAUCUAUCUGGCCUGCUUAUGUCAGGUCUGGACACACAGAACCUCAGCCAUGGAACCUGCCUUUGGAGAAGUCAACCAGCUAGGAGGGGUGUUUGUGAAUGGAAGACCCCUGCCCAAUGCCAUCAGGCUGAGGAUUGUGGAGCUGGCCCAGCUGGGCAUCAGGCCUUGUGAUAUCAGCAGACAACUGAGGGUUUCCCAUGGAUGUGUCAGCAAGAUCCUGGCCAGGUACAAUGAGACUGGAUCCAUCCUACCAGGGGCCAUUGGUGGCAGCAAACCUCGAGUGACUACCCCGACUGUGGUCAAACACAUCAGGACCUAUAAACAGAGGGACCCUGGGAUAUUUGCCUGGGAAAUCAGGGACAGGCUCUUGGCUGAUGGGGUGUGUGACAAGUACAAUGUGCCCUCAGUCAGUUCUAUCAGCAGGAUCCUCCGAAAUAAAAUUGGAAAUCUGUCCCAGCAAAGUCACUAUGACUCCCAUAAACAGCAUCACCACCCCACAGCCUCUGCUUUACAGUACAAUCACAUUUAUUCCUAUACCAACCCCAUGGCUGCAGGGGGCAAGGUGCCCACACCACCUGGCAUGGCCUCACUAGCCAGCACCAUGGGCAUGCCCAGAACAUGGCCCUCAUCACAUUCUGUCACGGACAUACUUGGGAUUAGGUCGAUCACAGAUCAAGUCAGUGACACUUCACCGUACCAUAGUCCCAAAAUUGAGGAAUGGAGCAGCCUGGGCAGGAAUGGCUUCCAGUCUACACAGCACAUGAUCAAUGGACUAGAGAAAGGCUCCAUAGACCAGGAGGUCAAGUACAGCCAGACAGCCAGUGGUUUACCAACAGUUGGUAGUUUUGUCGCAGCUUCAGGAAUGACUCCAUACCCCACUUCAGCACCAGUAUCCCCUUACAUGGCGUAUGGCACAGCAGCCCCCACUGGGUAUGUGACAAGUCAUGGAUGGCAGCACACAGGGGGUACUCCAUUGUCGCCUCAUAACUGCGACAUUACUGCAUCUCUAGCAUUCAAAGGCAUGCACACCGCCCGAGAAGCAGAAGAAACAAAAUUAAGCAUCCAUUCACGCAAAUCUCAGCAGUCUUACCACACAUCCCAACGCCAUGGGACAGUAGCUCACAUGCCAAGCGCAUAGAGAUCAAGGACUCGAUCACCACUCUGAAGGUAGCAGUAUCAUGGAAAACAUUCCAAGGUCUAUCAAGCUGAAACGUACAGAGCUGGAACAUUGCCAGAAAUCAGCCAAUCACACGGAUCGUGAACACCUGACCACUUGAGCAAAGCAACCAGCUGUCUUGCCUUCACCUGGAUAUGCGGUCAGCAUGAAAGACAUACACCUGGUGGACAUACUGUGAAAGAAUCUUCUCCGGGUUCAGUGAACCAUAUCUCUGCACCUUCUUAUGGAAUUUAAAACAUGCCACUUUCCAGCUGAACUAAAACAAUAACAUUUCGUUUCCAUAUAUUCAUCGUCUAGUUGCCUUUAUAAGACUUGUGGUUUGUAGCUUUAAAAGUUAGAAGCUCUCGCACAAAGAAAACUUAAAAAAGUCAUGAAACCUGAACUGAAUGUGAAAAGGAAAUGAAGGGACUUUGGACUCACACCUCAUGCUGUGUAGAGCUUUGCAAAUCUUCAACAGCCAAAAAUGGGGAAAAUGGGUUAUGAACCCAAUCUACACAAAGGAUUUAGUCACUCAAAGUGAUCGAGCCAGAUGAGAUCUGGAGGACUUAUUCAUUCAAUUCAAGAUUCAGCCUCUUUAGCGUAAAAUAACGUAUGUCUUGAUAUGUCAUCUAUAAGGAUAUGUACAUAUGUGGUAGACGACCCAAACCCAUGAGGAAAUGUGAAAAUGUUUUAUGUCCUUUGUACAGGUUUUAAUUAUUAUGAUCCAAUUUAAC